GGGGCUGGAGGAGACAUGAACUUCAGACAUCUGAUGUCUCUCGCCCACUCGGUCGCUCGCUCUGGAUUUCUGUGUCUUCGUUUCACAUGCAAAGGUCUUAAUCUCACCUACAGAGUGAGCGCCUACAGAGCAGUUGUGGAAUACCUGAAAGCCCUUGAGAAAUUUCCUGUAAAGAAUAUUUUCCUUGGUGGUCGGUCCAUGGGUGCCCGUGCCGCUGUAGCCUUGGCCAGGCAGCUCUGUGCAGAGGAUGAGGAAGCUGUCCAGGGUGUGCUGUGUGUAUCCUUCCCUCUGCACCCUCCAGGGCAAACACACAUGUACAGUCAGCGCAGUGGAGACCUCCAAGCGUUGUCUCACGUUCCAGUGCUCUUUGUUUCUGGGACGGCUGAUAACAUGUGUGAGCAGAAGCUUCUAGAGAAGGUGGUCGCUCAAAUAAAGACCUCCUCUGCUGUCCACUGGGUAGAGGGAGCCAGUCAUGGACUGACAGUCACAGGAAGGAAUGAAGAGUUAGUGCUGACUGAGGUCAACUCCGUCAUCCUAGCUUGGAUACAGGAACAUGUCUGA